UCUAAAUACACAUCCAGAACAUCUCUCCAUCACCUACAGCUCACACUGAGAGGAGUGACGUCCAGUGAUAGUGGAACCUACACCAUCCAGAACACAGAGUAUAACGAGGACAUCAUUGUGUACAACGUCUCAGUGAGAGGGUUAUCUAAGGGAUGAUUACACUGAUAGUGCUGCUGCUGCUGCUGCUGCUGCUGGUGAUCAGUGGAAUAAUAAUAUAUGGAUGUAUAAUAUAUAUGAAGAUGAAGAGGCGAAUGGAAGAAGUGAAAAGGAGCAUUAAUCAGAUUGAGUCAGUAAAUAAACACACACUAGAGGAACAGAGGGAAAUGAAGAAGCUGAUUGUGAUAGCAGAGGAGAAGAUUAAUGAUCUGGAGGUGGAUUACAGAGAGAACAGGAUUCUUUCUGCACGUGUUAAACGGUUCUGCAGUGACUGUAGAUCUGAUCUGGAAAUCUACAAAACCUUAUAUCUGAUAGACAUGUUUCCUGUAGUGACUCCUAUAGGACAGGAGGAGCAGAUGAAGAUGAUUAAGCAGAUUGAGCAGAUGAAGCAGGAGGACAUGGAGAAGGUAGGACAUGAGAUGGAGAGUGUGGUGAUUUUACAGAUGUUGAGACGUGAAGAAUCUAAAAUCCUCCACACACACAAGCAGAACAGAUUGUAUCAGCAUGUGGAAUCAGAUCUGGAGGAGAUUAGAGAAGGUGCAGGGAGCAGAAGAUCUGGAGGCUGAGCAGCAGCAGGGUGGUGAAGGAGACUCCAAAGCCAUGAGAAAAAUGAGGAACUUCUUAUUGUGUAUGAAAAUUGGUGUAACUACAGAGAACGAGCAGCAGAACCACCACCAGAAAACAAACGCUGAUUCAGCAGCACUUUUAUGCAGCUGAUCUUCAGCUGAUCAACAAACAGCAGCAUGAUGGAGUUCAUGUGAUCAUCUGAUCAGUUCUCCUCAUCGUCCUCCAGCACCAUCAACAUCUCCUCUGUAUUAUACUGUACAUUACUGUCCUCAUCUCCACCUGUGUGUGUGUGUGUGUGUGUGUGUGUGUGUGUGUGUGUGUGUGUGUGCAUAUUACAGUACAGAUGUUUAUUCCCUUACGAGGUGAAAAUGUUCCUUUAAGGUUCUGCUCCAUGUUGACUGAAUUACAUCCCAUAAUUCCUGCAGAUGUUUCACCUGCACACUUGAGCUGUGAAGCUCCUGCAUCUCCUUAAUGUUCUGUAUUGGAUGCAGAUGUGUGGAGAACCAACACAUUUCUUCUGACGUGUGUUUGUGCAGCUGAUGGGUGAAAGGCAGCACCAUGUUCAGUGUGGGAAGAGUGGAUUCUUCUCUCAUAUGUUCCUCUCGUUCCUCACCUCCAAACACUGACCUCCAACAUGGAGAAAGAUAAAAACCAACAUCUGGAAUCCACACAGAAACCAACAUCUGGAAUUUUCAUAUUGUCCUUUUUUGUUCAUUUAACCUUCUACUGUAAACUUCACAUAACUGAACACUGUGUGUGUGUGUGUGUGUGUGUGUGUGUGUGUGUGUGUGUGUGUGUGUGUGUGUGUGUGUGUGUGUGUGUGUGUUGAACAGUUGAAGAGGCGAAUGAAAGAAGUGAAAAGGAUCAUUAAUCAGAUGGAGUCAGUAAAUAAACACACACUAGAGGGACAGAGGGAAUUGAAGAUGCUGAUUGAGAGAGCAGAGGAGAAGAAUAAUGAUCUGGAGGAGGAAUACAGAGAGAACAGGAUUCUUUCUGCACGUGUUACACGGUACUGCAGUGACUGUAGAUCUGAUCUGGAAUUCUACAAAAUCUUAUAUCUGAUAGACUUCAUAUAUCCUGACCUGACUACUGAACAACAGGAGGAGCAGAUGAAGAUGAUUAAGCAGAUUGAGCAGAUGAAGCAGGAGGACAAACAGAAGUUGAAGAGUCGAAUAAAAGAAGUGAAAAGGAGCAUUAAGCAGAUUGAGUCAGUAAAUAAAGACACACCAGAGGGACAGGAGGAAAUGAAGAAUCUGAUCUAUAACACACAAUGGAAGAUUAAUAAUCUGGAGGAGGAUUACAGAGAGAACAGGAGUCUUUCUGCACGUGUGAAACUGUACUGCACUCAACAUAGAUCUGAUCUGGACACGUACCAAACCAUCUAUGAGAAAAACAUGUCAACUGAACCGUAUAUUACAGAACAGAUGAAAACAGAGGAGGUAUUAAUGAAGAUAGAGAGAGUGGUGAAGAUUUUACAGAUGUUAAAACAUGGAGAAUCUAAAGAAGAGAAAAACAGAGUGUAUCAGCAUGUGGAAUCAGAACUGGAGGAGAUUAGAGAUUGGUGCAGUGAGCAGACAGAAGAUCUGGAUCCUGAGACGCAGCAGGGUGGUGAAGGAGACUCCAAAGCCAUGAGAAAAAUGAAUGCACUUAUUAAUGUGUUUAGAAAUUGGUGUUUCGAAACUGAGAGAGAGCUGAAGAAACACAAGAAAAUAAACAAUGAUCCCACCACCACCAAGCUGCCACUGCUGCCCCCUGAGCGAGGUACUGAAUCUUCUCCUGAUCAGGUGGAAGUUCUGGAUGAAGGCGUCGCCUUAAUGUCAUUAUAAUAAAUAUAAAUCAGAUCAUUUUUGUCCAAUCAAACAAGAAUCAUCUGAUCAGUUCUCCUCAUCGUCCUCCAGCACCAUCAACAUCUCCUCUGUAUUAUACUGUACAUUACUGUCCUCAUCUACACCUGUGUGUGUGUGUGUGUGUGUGUGUGUGUGUGUGUGUGUGUGUUGACUUCCAUUUUAUUGUAUUCCAUGAGAUGAUAGAAUCAGAUUAAUCAUCUGUAUUAUAAUAACAUAUCUAAUCUCAGUCUAAUCUCAGUCUAAUCUCAGUCUUUAAAGUAAUUUUGUAAGAAACUAACAACUUUAUAGUGCAUGAAAUAAAAUGUGUGUGUGUAUAUGUGUGUGUGUGUGUGUGUGUGUGUGUAUAUAUAUAUAUAUAUAUAUGAGUGUGUGUGUGUGUGUGUGUGCAGUAUGUAAGUGAGAGUAGGAGUUUAGUGUAGGAGCAGUAUAUUGAGGUCAGAAGGAAUCUUCUGGUGUUGUGUGUGUGUGUGUGUGUGUGUGUGUGUGUGUAUGAGUGUGUGUGUGUGUGUGCAGUAUGAAAGUGAGAGUAGAAGUUUAGUGUAGGAGCAGUAUAUUGAGGUCAGAAGGAAUCUUCUGGUGUUGUGUGAAUGAUAUCCAGCAUGAUUGUGUAGUGUUUCUUUACUGUUUCUUGUGUAAUCUGAGGUCAGAAGGGAGAAGUCAGACAUCAGCACCCCCCUCUGGUUGGAGCAGAGUGGGGAUCAUAUUGUAGAGGUCAGGGACACGAAAGGAGCCGUGGUCCAGAAUGUGAGAACGUGCUGAAGACAGGAAUCUGAUGCGCUUUAGCAGUUUAGCGAUAAAGUCUGACUCCUCCCUCUGACCAAUCACUGACCAGCGUUUUAUUAGAAGGGAAUCGAUCCAAACUCCUUCUGUAACUGAUCAGUGAUCAAUAAACCCAGUGCUGAAUCCUGAA